CAAUGUAUAUAUACCCAUAACCAGAGAGUCAUUAACAAAAACACCAACCAACCUACCGAUGACCCAGAGUAACCCUAAAACAUAUCAUCAUUGAAAAAUCAUGCCCCAAAACACCCAAGAUCUAGACCCAGACACUAUUCGAACUUUAGUAUUAUCCAAAACAUGGUUCGGCUUCGACCUCGACGACACACUACACGAAUUCCGCAGGGCAUCUGCCCAUGCAUCCUCAGUGGUAUUUACAGCUAUCCAUGAAGAAAACCCAAGUGUCAAUAUCGACGACCUGAAAACAUCCUACCGGGACAUACUCGUCUCAACGACAGCGGGUGCAUUCGCAGACGGAAGGACAUCAACCGAGUAUCGCAGAGAACGGUUCUCGCUUCUUCUCCGGGCCCAUGGAUUAGAGGUGUCGAUGGAGAGAUUGGACCGUCUUUUGGAAGUCUAUAAAGUGAAUCUACGGGCAGCACUGACGCUGAAACCAGGGGUUCUUCAACUACUCCAACGGAUUAAAAGUCUCGGGAAGAAGGUUAUUGUGGUGACGGAGGGACCGCAGGAUGCGCAGCGGUGGACUGUGGAGGAACUUGGGCUGAGGCCUUAUAUUGAUGUGCUUGUCACGACUAAUGAGAUUGGGCAGUCGAAGGUUGAUGGGCUGUUCCCUGCAGUGUUGGAAAGGUAUGGUAUUUUUGCGUCGGAUAUGGUGUAUGUGGGGGAUAAUGAGAAAAGGGAUGUUGUACCGGCGCGGGCUGCUGGUAUUUUGGCUGUGCUGUAUGAUGAGAAGCGUGGUUGUUGGUUUGAGGAUCGUGCUGCGCUGAGGGUUGACUCUUUAGCAAAGCUCGAGGAUCUGUUGGGUUAGUUGGCUUUCCAAAAGAUAGGGCUAGGGAGAAUAUGUGUUGAUAGCCUGUUAAUGUACUAGAGUAGAAAUCCAGCCAUCUGGACUGGGUGUUACUAUUGCGUCUAUGGGUGCGGAAAAUAUAGAGGCGUGAUAACCCGUCACUAAGA